AUGAAAAUCUCAGCGCUCAAGGCGCCUUGGAACCUCCGGGCCAUCUCCCAUCGCUCUCUACCCAAGUUUCCGUCUUUGGACAUCUUUCGUAACUUCAAGUACUACUAUCAAUCCUGGACCAACGGCAAGACAUACUAUGCCUACGUUAUUGAUUCAGGGGUUCGAGUCUCACACAAGGAGUUUGAGGGUUGUACCGAGAAUCUUUGGACAGCCUUCAAGACUCCCGACGGCAAGGACGACUUCGAGGACCAGAAUGGCCAUGGCACCCUUGUUGCUGGGAUCAUUGCUUCCAAGACCUACGGCGUGGCCAAGUCUGCCAAAGUGAUCUCUCUCAGGGCCCUUGACGCGAAGAAUCAAGGUCGGAAGUCGAUAUCUAUAAAGACCAUGGAGCAGGCCAUCGCCGACAUUGCGAAGCACGAGCGACACAACAAUGCUGUCAUCAACAUGUCUCUCGGGGGAGAAUGCUCUCGGGCCCAGAAUGAGGUCAUCAAUCGCGCUUUUCUCCGUCGUUCCCCAAGCUUCAAAAACGGGGCGGGUAUUCUGUUCGUUACCGCCUCCGGCAAUGAGAAUGUCGAUGCCUCCACAUACUCGCCAGCCUCUGCGCAUGAGGCCAUAACUGUUGGAACCAUUGACAAGAGAUGGAAGUCAAUAUUUUCGCUCCUGGGGAGGACGGGCACUUCAAUGGCUGCGCCUCAUGUUGCCGCAGUGGCUUUGAAUGCCAUGGCCGUCUCCUCCAAGAUGAGCACCCAGGUCCGUCAUUUCCUGACAGAAACUGGCACCAAGGACAAGAUCACGGGAGACCUUCGUAAGUCGCCCAAUGUGCUCGUCAACAACAACAAUGGUAAGCAAGAGAGCUGCGCGCGCAAGGAUCCCAGGAAUGAGAAGGAGGAUGAUGAAUGUUAG